UGUCUGCUGGCUCUAAGCUUCUUGCCAACAUGGUGGUCAACUACAGAGGGAUGGGUCUCUCCAUGGGCACAAUGAUAUGUGGCUGUGAUAAAAAGGGUCCUGGGCUGUAUUAUGUUGACGAUAAUGGCAUGAGACUGUGUGGAAACAUGUUCUCCACUGGGUCUGGUAACAGCUAUGCAUAUGGUGUGAUGGACAGUGGCUACAGAUAUGACCUGUCUGUUCCAGAGGCCUAUGAUUUGGCUCAGAGGGCCAUCUUUCAUGCUACACACAGAGAUGCUUACUCCGGGGGAACAGUUAACAUGUAUCACAUGAAAGAGACUGGUUGGGUCAAAGUUUCUCAAGAGGAUGUUGGUGACCUGUACCACCGCUUUAACAAUGAGAACAAGUGAACCUGGACACUUUUAACCACAUUUACAGUCACAUCAAUAACAUGCAUUAAUUCAAAUAAGUCAAAUAAUUAUGAAAAUAAAUAAGAUUCAUGGUUUUUCAUUAAUA